AUGGUCAACACUUCUUCGUCAUUGGCCCCUGCUCUGUCCUCCUUCGAAGCAAACUCUUCUGAUUCCCACGAUCAAGGCCCUCCGCCGAAACGUGUCUGUCGCGAAGCCCCGAGAAAGCGCUAUCCACCCAUCGCGUGGCUAACACAGCGUUGGUUGGCCAAAUCUGUCCCCUACGAGCGCAUCGCGACGGCGAGCCCCAGAUUGGGCGUAGGAGUAAUCGGCCAGGGCCUCCUGAACCACCACAUAAACCUUUCGCCCGGCAUCACUGGCAUAGCGGACUUCGCGCCUGUCCGUGACAUCGCCGGACACCACCUCGGAUACAGGGUCAAGAUCGCGACUUGGCCGCUGUCGAAGCAGGAUGCGCUGAAGGCCAAGGAGCUCGCUGCGUAA